UCCAUAAAUUAAACCCCGAAGCCCUUACACCCAUCCACCGUCGUGCUCCGUCGUGGCGCCGCCGCCUUGGUUUACCGAUUAGUCGUCGAGUAGCUGCCGUUGAUCAGACUUUACAGUCAGUUCUGACUCCCGGCGGGAGAAGUGAUGGAAACCGAGCUGCCCAUAGAGCCGCAGUCGCUGAAGAAGCUAAGCUUCAAAUCCCUAAAGCGUUCGCUCGAUCUAUUCUCUCCUACCCACGCUCAAAUUCCGCCACCCGAUGCCCAAAGCGCCAGGAUUCGAAUAAGUCAUAAGCUGAAUUCCGAGUAUGUACAAGUGAAGACCUCGUCAUCUGAACAUGCUGCUAAUGCUGCAAAGAGUCAAGCACAGCAAGCACCUACUCCCUCCAAUGCCCUUGCACUUCCAGGUCCUGAACAAUCAAAUAAUACCCAGAUGGGAGGGCCACCGAAGGAUCUGGUGUCUAGUUCAACAGGGCAACCCAGGGGCUCAGCGGAUGUUGGUGGUCAAGGAAGGAGCUCAGCUAUAGUUUCUUCCCAUAUCUCAUCUGAAAGGAACAUGUCAACUUCUGCCAUCAUGGAAAGGAUUCCAAGCAGAUGGCCUCGUCCUGUUUGGCAUGCACCCUGGAAGAAUUACAGAGUAAUCAGUGGCCAUUUGGGAUGGGUGCGGUCUGUUGCCAUUGACCCAAGUAACACUUGGUUUUGCACAGGAUCUGCUGAUCGGACAAUCAAGAUAUGGGACCUAGCAAGUGGCCGAUUGAAACUAACACUUACUGGUCACAUUGACCAAGUACGAGGUUUGGCUGUUAGCAACAAGCAUACAUAUAUGUUUUCUGCCGGUGAUGAUAAAUUAGUAAAAUGUUGGGACCUAGAGCAAAAUAAGGUUAUCCGUUCUUAUCACGGUCACCUUAGUGGUGUUUAUUGCUUGGCGCUUCAUCCUACUAUUGACAUUUUGCUUACGGGAGGUCGAGAUUCUGUGUGUCGGGUAUGGGAUAUCCGUAGCAAAGCACAAAUUCGUACACUUCCUGGGCAUGAUAAUACUGUUUGUUCAGUAUUCACGAGACCUACGGAUCCACAAGUCAUUACAGGUUCCCAUGAUUCAACAAUAAAGUUGUGGGAUCUUAGAACUGGUAAAACAAUGUCAACCCUGACACACCAUAAGAAAUCUGUACGAGCUAUGGCUCCACAUCCUACAGAGGAUGCUUUUGUAUCUGCAUCCGCUGAGAAUAUCAAGAAGUUUAGGCUUCCAAGAGGAGAAUUCAUGCACAACAUGCUCUCCCAACAGAAAACCAUUAUUAAUGCCGCAGCAGUCAACGAGGAAGGUGUACUGGCCACAGCUGGGGAUAAUGGAAGUCUAUGGUUCUGGGACUGGACAAGUGGUCACAAUUUUCAACAAGCACAAACAAUUGUUCAACCUGGGUCGCUGGAGAGCGAAGCUGGUAUCUAUUCCAUUAUGUAUGAUCUGACUGGGUCGAGGCUUAUCACUUGUGAGGCAGACAAAACAAUCAAAAUGUGGAAAGAAGAUGAGACAGCAACCCCAGAAACUCAUCCCCUGCACUUCAAGCCACCCAGAGACAUGCGACGCUUCUGAUCGUGUUUCCUACACAGAUUUUCUGACUUGCUUGUUCACUUUCAUGUCUCAUCUUCUUUGGAGGCUUGAUCUAUGUUGUAAAAUUCGGCUUAAUAUUUUUAUGGGCUCUUCAAUUUGCUCGGCAGCUUCAUUUUCGAUCUGUAGUUUUUUUGUAUAUUUAAGUUUAUGUAUAACUUUUGCCCUCCUACUUCUAAAUUUUUACUUUUUACUA